GAGUCAUUCAUCAUCCCCAGCUCUCCUUCCUUACCCACAUUUUUUAUUUUUGUUUCUGUUUUUUUUGUUUUUUAUUGUUUUUUUUGUUUCGUUAUGUGGAUUUCAGUGGUUUUCGGUGAAGAGAGACGACUCUCAUCUUGGUGUUUUUGCGGACAAGUAGUUAACAUCCAUCCCCGUGGAAGUCAUAGUCUUGGCUCGUAGUCUUCCCUCCCUUUUCUUACUUGUGUGUUUUUUUCUUUCUGCGGACCCUUUCUUCUCGUGGUGUGGUCGAAGUAGCUUAAACCCCUCUCGCUGGGUGCUGAUUCAGCUCCUGUGAGUUGGCUGUGAGCUGCGAUUGGGGUGGCAAUGGGGCUAUGAGGACGGUGGCUAUAGCUUGGUAGAGAGAGGAGAAUCCAAAGCGAAGUUGGUUGUCGUGAGGAAGAUCCGAAAGUUGGUUAUUGGGGUUGUGUGCUGAUCGAUCAGCCCAGAUUUCUGUCGGCGUCAUUGCGCAGAUGGUUUUGGCUCGACUCGGUUUGUAGUCAUGUUUUCCAGGCAGCUUUGUUCUAAUCCCCACUGCAAGCGGACCUCUCCAGGGGAUGGACCGACCUGUCGAUGGCAUGUACGGAAUUAUGGAAGCCAGAAGGACCCUAAACAUGUCACCCUCUGCAAUGCUUGCAAGAUUAACUUCGAUCAGGGAAAGUUUUGUCCUUUCUGUGUACAAAUCUACCGCGAGAAGGAUCCCGAUUCCUUCGACGGAAAGGAGUGGGUUGGCUGCGACAAUCGGACUUGUCGUCGCUGGGUGCAUGUGGAAUGUGAGAUUAGUGGAGGUAACGAAGUGGAUUCUACAGCAUUCUAUCUCUGUCCGAGUUGUAGAGAGAAUUCCCAGGAACUCGCGGAGAAAAAGAGAUGUGGUCGUUUGCCUUCCCAGGAACAAGGAGCAGUGGUUGCGACCAGUCAGUCGUAUGUGGAUAAUAAUAAUUUGGAGCUUGAACAAAAGCCGAAGUUGCCUCUCUCUCUGAGAAGUACAAGACGACCCUUACAAGUUGAUCUGUCCAAACUGGAUACAUCCUCCUUAAAGCGGUACCGGCGUGUCUACAAUUUGAGGGAAGUGACAGGCAGCUGCAAGGAGGAGCUCGUACUAGCUGUAGCACAACACUUCGCUGCUCAGGUUGUCGAGGAGAAUGAGACGCUGCUUUCGUUCGCAUUUUUUCUCAAGAAACAGCAAUCUUUUGCAACAUCAUCCAUGACUCAGCAUCAUGUUGUGCACCCAGUGGCGAAGUAGUAUCAUAUUACUACACUGAAGGCAGCAUAGGGAACUUACCAAGACAGUCACUGCACUACUGCUCUGCUCAUUCUUGUAUCUUUAAACGGACUUUGUGCUAUCUAUAACGUGCUUCUUCGAAGCCACUCAUCAGGUAGGUGUAACAUAUGGCCAAGAACUACUCAGCAGAGAUUGAAGUGUAACUGCUUGUUUACCUGUCGUCAAAUCCCUUUUCUUUUUGGGCAAUUCGGGGGAAAUUGUGCGGGAACUAGCACUUCUGGACAACAUUACAGCGUUAACGAGACUUUUGUAGAGGCUUUAGUCCAAAUUUUGCACACUCGUUUUUGUAAAAGUCCAUAUCUAUCCUCAUCGUAGAGAGGAAUACACUGGCCUCGGAUGAUCAAUUUUUUAGUUUCGACCUUUGCAGGUCGCAAAUCGACUGAUCAUGCGACUGAUUGUCAGAACAUUGAUUCGAGUAAGAUUGAAGUUUGAUAGCAUUAUGUCUUGAGUGAUGUUAAAGUUGCACAGGCUGCUACUUCAUAGCAGACAUACUUUUGAUGAUAUCUUUUGUAAAUGACAUCACUGAACAAUGGAAAAGGCUGUUGCUGUAAACGUAUACCCGGAGUAUACUUACUACCAAAUAAGCUUUUACUGCAACUGACCUCGUCAGAUUGUGAGAACAUUCCUUGAAAAUCUAA